GAAAGUUCACGAGUACGGCUUGUAAUUCCGUGUUCUUUGUGUUGCCCUUCUAGUUGAAAAAAGAAAAACGCAGCAAGGCAAAGUACAAUACACAGAAGCAAUGGGUUGAAGUUCCUCAAAUUCAAGGUGAUAAUAGCAACGAAUCAAGCAGAGUCAUAUUCCACACCCAAAGUCGAUUGAAGCUUUUUCCCGUGAUAGCUUUUCAUGCAUAGCCUCCCGCUCAUUGAUGGAUCGGAACUGGACUGAGCUUCACAGGCACGACAAAGAAAACGUUGCGGCGAGAGAUUCUCAACGAUACAGUGAAUUUCAGAAUGGCAAAUAAACAGCUGCUAUUCAGCGCAUCGAACGAACAACUAAGAAGAGCGACAUGACGGAUCGAGAGAGAAAAACCCGAUAAAAACGAAGAACGAUCCGAUAAGUUGAGUUGCAUGAACUAACGAUCAUUUGGGAGAAUCAUAGACCCCUAGCUCCAUAAUUUGAUGAAGCAAUUAAUUUAUAGACUACAUCUAUUCUAUGGAGUUUCUCGAAUCGCAGCCUGCAGGAUCAGGGUAGAUGAGCUGUCAAGUGUUGGGACCAGGGGUGCACAGCAACUUAGGGCUGGGUUGGGAAAUCGGGACGCAAAACCAUCAAAACGAAAAGAACUAAUCAUGAUGUUUCCACCUACAAAGUCUGUUCUGUGUUUUUCUUCUCUUUAGAUCUACGCCGUUAAUUAUCACUCUCUAUGGCUGAUUGCUGGUGAUAACGUAAUGGACCUUGUCGGCGAGUGGGGCCACGUGGCUUCAUUCGAUUGGAUUGGGGCUUUAUUAGUGCCCUAAUCUGAUAAUCAUUUUAAAGGUUCCGUGGAGAUAUUUAUGCUAAAUUGGGGAGUUAAUUAUGAGGCCAUUUGCAGCGACCGGAUAACAGCUGGCAUCCUGCAUCUAAACAUCAUUCUGUGCCUAACACGUUUCAAUGGCUCCUCUUUCUCUCUCUCCUUUGUGGUCUGCGUCUGCUCCUUCUCGUCUUUUGUUUCACCGGCGAAUCUUGGUUUGUCCUCCAGGAUUCAGUCAUGCUUCUGUUCCUGAAACGGAAUCACUGUCGCCGUCGCCGUCGACAUCGAAUUUGACCCCGAAAGUUGUGGUCACCAGAGAGCGUGGCAAGAAUGGCAAGCUUAUCAGUGCUCUGAAUAAACAUAAAAUCAAUUGUUUGGAGUUUCCACUCAUUGAGCACACUUUGGGACCUGACAUGGAUAGACUUGCUUCUGUAUUAAGUGAUAAUUCAUUUGAUUGGAUUGUCAUAACAUCUCCUGAAGCAGGUUCAGUUUUCCUAGAGGCAUGGAGAGCUGCUGGGGCCCCCCAUGUCAAAAUAAGCGUUGUUGGAGCUGGUACUGCAAGUGUUUUCAAGGAAGUCUCACUGUCAUCAAAGCAGUCACUUGAUGUUGCCUUUGCACCAUCAAAAGCAACAGGGAAGGUUUUGGCUACAGAGCUUCCAAAGGAUGGAAAAAAUUGCACCGUGUUGUAUCCUGCUUCUGCAAAAGCUAGCAGUGAGAUUGAGGAAGGACUUUCUAACCGUGGAUUUGAUGUUACAAGGUUGAAUACAUACACAACGGUACCAGUUCAGCAUGUUGACCAAGGGAUCUUAAAGCAGGCACUUGAUAUACCUGUUGUUGCUGUAGCUUCACCAUCUGCAAUUCGUGCUUGGAAGAAUCUUAUUUCAGAAUCAGAUUGGAAUGGUUCUGUUGCAUGCAUUGGCGAGACUACUGCUGCCAUGGCUAAAAGAUUAGGGUUUGAAAAAGUGUAUUACCCAUCACAACCAGGCCUUGAAGGCUGGGUAGAUAGCAUUGUUGAUGCCUUGGGAUCACAUGAUGAUUCAUUGAGGUAGCAUUCAUGUCUGCCCUCUCCAUUGCAACCCGGUGAUGCGUCCCACUGCUUUUCAUGCAGCGGUCAUUAAACUAAUGCUUCCACAUAUGGAUGAUGGAUCUACUUCCUCUCCUCAGUAAUGUAUUUUUGAAGUUACUGACAGAGGCUAUCAUAAGAUCCUUUCGUGAACAAAUAUUCUAUCAUGUAAAUACCGUUCCUGAUCACUGUCACUUUACCUGAUCCAUGCUAAAAUGUAUAUUUGGUACUUGGUGAGUUGGUGCAGCUUUUUUAUAUUCAUGCA